UCCGGGAAUAGCCGUGAGCUUCAGUUUGGAGACCAGUUGACAUUGUGAGGUGGGCCUACAAAAAAUACCUUGGAAAAAAUGACAUUUUUUCUCAGAAGAAGUAUUUUCAGCAGAAAUGUAUACCAUUUUGUCAACUCAGCAUUGACGGUUCCCGCAUCCCUCACAGUAGGGCACAGGUCGCUUUACGUGGGUGAACGGGCCUCGCUAAACAAAACAUUCAGUGCCAGAGACGUCACACUUUUUGCUGAGCUGACGGGGGACACAAAUCCUCUCCACCUCGACCCCGAAUAUGCCAAAACAACCUCUUUCGAGACCCCUAUUGUUCACGGAGUGCUGAUUAAUGGUCUGAUCUCAGCAGUUCUGGGGACCAAGUUGCCCGGCAAAGGCUGUGUGUUUCUCUACCAGGAAAUACGGUUUCCGGCGCCUCUCUACAUCGGAGAGGAGGUUGUGGCGGAAGCGGUGGUCAAAAAGAUCAAAAUGUCCUUCGCUUUUAUUUCUGUUUCCUGCGCCGUCAAAGACAAGGUGGUCAUGGAGGGAGAGGUCAUGGUCAUGAUGCCACAAGACGCACAACAAUCAUGAGGAAUUUGAGUGACUGUUGCCGUUCAGUUUUUUAUGUGCUCCCAGGAAUUAAAUGCUCUUUCUUGCUUAUUUUUGUUCUUCUGAAAUGUUACGCUCAUUCAGAGAUUAAAUAUUCCUUGUUUUUUGUUCUCUGAGAAGCUGUUUGAAUAAAAAUAGUGUCAGAAAAUAAACAGCUUUUUGACUUCAUUGUUUGGUGUGGGCAAUAACUGGCUGUGUCUAACCUCAAAAAGGAGAU